UCUCAAUGCCGGAAGCAGAAAUCAUUCCUUCAUCUCCCUUUUGGUCGGACUCUGAUCUCCAUGAACGCGCCCCUGAAGUCUUCCUAAUCCCAAAAACAUUCCUACUGAACCUAUCCUGCACUACACAGGGUGUAGAAGCGUUUACUUACACCCUACAUAGUGCACCUACAAAGGGAGUAGGGACUUAUUCAGCACUCCGCAUACGUCAUAUAGCCACAUCACCAACCCGGAAGUGAGCCAUUCACUCCAGAACUGGCUUUACAACAUCUGAACAACCAUGGCCGAGUUUGAGGACGUGUCCCAGAAAUCUGCGCUCCAUCCAAAACCAAAGGGGCUGACGUUACAAUACGGUACGGCAGGGUUCCGUACCACUGCGAAUCAUUUGGACCAUGUGAUGUUCCGCAUGGGCCUGUUGGCUACAUUGAGGUCCAAAAAAACCAAGUCUACCAUUGGAGUCAUGGUCACUGCCUCUCACAAUCCAGAGGAAGACAAUGGGGUGAAGCUGAUUGACCCAAUGGGGGAGAUGGUGACUCCAGCUUGGGAAGGCUAUGCCACUCAGCUGGCCAAUGCAGAGCAGGAAGCUUUGUGCACUGUACUGAAGGACAUCAUCGAGAAGGAAGCCGUCGACAUGAGUGAGGCAGCGAGUGUUGUCAUUGGCCGAGACACCAGGCCAAGCAGUGAGAACCUGUCACGGGCCGUGUUGGAUGGGGUUUCCUGUUUAGAAGGCCAUAGUCUAGACUUUGGCCUGGUGACCACACCUCAGCUGCAUUAUAUGGUCCUAUGUCGCAACACCAGCGGUUGCUAUGGUACUGCAACAACACAAGGAUAUUAUGAGAAACUCUCCAAGGCCUUCAUUGAGCUCACUAAGAAUGCCCCGAAACGCACUGAUGACCAGAAGAGGCUGCUGGUGGAUGGGGCCAAUGGGAUCGGAGCGUUGAAGAUGAGAGAAAUGGAGCCGUUUCUCAAGUCCGAGCUGAAGGUGGAGCUCUUUAACGACGGCAGCAGUGGUAGACUUAACUAUCAGUGUGGAGCCGACCACGUGAAAGUGCAGCAGAAACCUCCACAAGGUAUGCAUAUGGGGCCGGGUCAGCGCUGCUGCUCCUUUGAUGGUGAUGCAGAUCGCAUUGUUUACUAUUACAAUGAUUCUGCAGGGCGUUUCCAUCUUUUGGACGGAGAUAAAAUAGCUACUCUGAUUAGCACAUAUCUCAAGGAGCUUUUGACACAGGCAGGGCUGAAUCUGCAGGUCGCUGUGGUUCAAACAGCAUAUGCCAAUGGAAGCUCUACACAAUACCUUGAACACGUCAUGAAGGUUACAGUGUGCUGUACGAAGACAGGAGUGAAGCAUCUACAUCACGCAGCUCAGGAAUUUGACAUUGGAGUUUAUUUUGAAGCCAAUGGCCAUGGAACGGUGCUUUUCAGUAAAAAAGCGGAGGAGCAGAUCCAGCAGUUAGCCAAAGACCCGAAUGCGAGUGAUGAGAAGAAACACAUGGCAAAGCUUCUGGAGAGCACUGUGAACCUCAUCAACCAGGCUACAGGUGACGCCAUUUCGGAUAUGCUGCUAAUCGAAGCGGUGUUGGCUAUCAGAGGGAUGACUGUUCAGGAAUGGGAUGCCAUUUACACAGACCUGCCCAAUCGCCAGCUCAAAGUCAAGGUAGCAGACAGGCGCGUGAUAGACACGACGGAUGCAGAGCGUAGGGCACUAACACCGGCAGGAUUACAAGACUCUAUAGACGCUCUGGUUAAGAAGUACAAACAAGCCAGGGCCUUUGUCCGACCCUCUGGCACUGAGGACGUUGUUCGAGUGUAUGCCGAAGCUGACACGCAGGAGAGUGUCGAUGGCUUGGCACAUCAAGUAAGUCUGGCUGUAUAUCAACUAGCUGGAGGGGUUGGAGACGAGCCAAAGCCUUUAAAGUGAUGCCGAGACUAAACACUAAAUUUUUUAGAUCGUUCUGAUUAUUUCUGACUUUAUGCUGCACUUUUUGGUUGCACUUUCACAUUGGAUCAUGUUUAUAUGAACUGUGAAAAGCUCUUUUUGGUAUAACGGUGUUAUUCUUGGCGGCAACAACAACAAAAAAAAUCACGAAAGGAUGAAAACGGCAAUAAAAAAGUGAGAUCAUCAUGUCCUCCGAUUGCUCUAGAGUUGCGGUACUCUAUUCCAGACUCGAGUACCCGCCAUGUGUAACAUGAAAAGAAAGAUAAAUAACAAGAAACCCGCCUCAGCGUGCGAGUACCGAUUGAGUUCUCUUUUGUAGAUUAUUAAAGCGGCUUAGACGUUCAAAUAAAUACACACAUCAUGUCAAAAUGCAGGUCUGGCCAAGUAUUCAUGUAAACACAGUCGGUUAUGUCUUGAGUGAAUGUAAACAGUUGGGGGAAAAAAAUCAGGUGUGUCAAUACAGUAUAUUAGAUCUGUGCAUUAGGUCUUAAAGUGAUAGCAGUCUAAUAAACCUGCUGCUGUCUGUGUCAUUAAUGUUAAUCAAACCACAAGAGACAAAGAGAAAAUCACUCGCUCACUCAUUUGACUCAAUAACUUCAGUAAAUUUAGUAAGAAUCACUGUAUAUGUCACACAGUGACGUCUAUUUUAUUUUAUAUUCACUUUCUGUAGUAUUUCUUACUUGAAUACUGAUAGACCUACCUGAGAAAACGGAUAGUUAUCAUGAAAUGAGAUCGUAAUCAUAUCGCCCGCCUCUAAACAUUAGCGUUUGGUGAUUCCAGUCUUGAAUUUCAUGUGAAAUGUGAAAUGUACUUCUUAAUGUAGUAAAGAUCAUAACCCCUGCUGAUAGGGAUUUAUUUUUGUCUUGGGAAUUAAAAUGAAAAAGUUUACAAGAUCAGAGCUGUGUUCAGAAAUGAGUUUUGUUGUGAUUCACAGACCGAUUAAAAGCAGUGAUAAAGCAUGAAGCUUGUUAUGACAUGCUGCUAUACGUAAGUCUACUCUGUAUUCCCCCCCCCCUCUCUCACUCACUCGCUCUCUCUGUCUAUAUAACUGUCGGGGAGAGGCAUCAAAUCAUUGAAACCCUGGAGAACACAGUAUAGUGUGAUACAGUAACGAAACAGGUCCAUUUGUAUUUUCAUACACUUGUAAUAUAAUAAAAGUUUUACAUAGACCUCUA